UCUAUUUCUACUCUAAUCUCUGGAGCCCCCUCAGGUUUUCUCAUGUGUUCUCAUUGAUGGUGGUCAGUGUCUGUCUGCAGGAAUGAGGAAGCUGGACUAGUUUUACUUCUAUUAAUAGUUUCACUACCAGUGCUGGGUCAAUUACUUCAGAAUCGGAGUUGAUUACUGAUUACAAAUUACAUGACAAAAAUUAUAUUUGAAUUACGUCAUCUGGAUUAGACGUAAUGUAGUCUGACUACUUUUUGAUUACUUUUGCAUCAACUACUGUGAUUAAAAAAAUUAAAAUAAUUUUUAUAUUUCUAUAUUUUACCAAAUAAUGCAUUAAAAAACAUAAUGUUUUAAUUUCUAUUUCUUUAUUUUAUUAUUAUUUUAUUUUAUUUUUGUAAAGAAAUAAAUAUAUAUUUUAUAAAGUGCAUACAAGACCAAUUCCUCAUCAGUUACAACUGCAGCCAAAAAUAAAAUGCAUGAAUUCAAUAACCUUUAAAAAAAAUUUUUUUUUUGGAAACUCUAAAAAAAGUUUGUUUCAUAUCCAUGAAGUAAAGCACAUGCACAUCUGUAUAAUUCUGAAUACAAAUGCAUUAAACACCAUUCAUAGUGCAGCCUCUUGACUAUAGGGGAAAAAAAAAACAGAAGAGUGCAAUGGUCAAGUUUCAUUAAAGGAAACCAUUCAUAAUUAUUAUUAGAAGCAUAAAAGUUUGCAAAAUGCACAGAACUGAAAAAUACAGAAAUGCAAGAAAUAGCAUAAUUUCAUUGAAGUGAAUCAGUUUAAAGCAGAGCUGGACAGUAGUGAAGUAGUUUUACUUUACUCAAAUAAAUUUAAAAAGUGUCCGUAGUGUUUUUCUUUGGAAAACUUUACUACAUUGAAAAUCAUAAUGUCAUACUUUUUACUGCACUGAAUUUCAUAAAUUAAAUAUGUUGUUGUUGUUUAUCUUAAGAACGUUAAAAAAGUAGUACUUUCUUGUAUUGAAGUAAAUCUUUGAAUUACUUUUACUUGAGUAAUUAGAUUUCUAAUGUAAUCAAGUAUGAAAUGAUAUUUAAUAUGAAACGUGCUGCAGCAAAAAGUACAAUGCUUUGAAUCCAAGUUUUCUAAAGAAAAACACUGAUAAAUGACUAAAAACUUUACCACAGAGUAAAAAUACUUCCCUGCUGUCCGCCUCUGGUUCAAAGAGACUAAAUAUAGAGGUAAGAUGACAUUCAACAGCAGUUUCGUAAUCCUCAAUACCAACCACUUCUGUGGAAAAAAAUAAUCAGCCUCCUCGACACAACAUGUGCUGCUUAACCAGAGAUGUCCGACACGCUCAGUGUGAGCCAGACGACUACAGCGCAGUCAGUGUAGAAACACACAAUGGAGCAUUUCAACAGACUGACGGAUUCUGCUACUGAUAAACUCAGGCAGAUCCAAAAAAUCGUUCAAGACAUAAAAAAGAACGACGACAGCCUUUUCAACAGACUAAAAAGGUUUCAGAACGAACAAACAGCUAAUAUUCUCAAAACUGGGAGAAAUACGCUGGACCGAAUCAAGAAGAAAAGACCUCCGAAAGUCCCAGUGCGAGACUAUCAAGGCGAAGCUCCGGAUUCUGAGAAAUACUCUGAUUCAGAUUUUGACAGCGAUACGUACGAGGACCCUCAGGACGAUCAUGAUGACAGCUACGAGCCUCCGCCGAGGCUUGAAGGACACAUGAGGGCCUUUAAGGUCAGCUCGUCCAUCAGCAGCCCCAGAGCUGAGUAUGUGGACAGCUGUCGUGGUCGACCGGCAAAACCAAACCAUCCUUUCCAUGUGCAACAGAAGCCCAAACCCCCACGAGCGACCCACCGCAGCCUGCCAGAGGAAGAUGUUGGCGAUUACAUCCAGCCAGAAGAACCAACAGCUGAUGAUAAUUACAUUGACCCCAAUAAGAAAGCACUAACCAAGCCGCAGAUCAACAGAGCAGUCAAACCGUGGACUCCUGCUCGUGUGCACGCUCCGGAUUUCUGUGAGUUUCCUGAGAUGAAGGAGAAUUCUCACUCUAAGACGAGCAGGAGUAACAGGACUCACACACAUAUGGCGCCACCUAAAGCCAGUCCACGAAUGAACAUCAGAAGGCCAUCAACUCCAGAACCACAGUCAGAGGACGAGUAUGAGGUGUGUGACGCAGACGACAAUGUCAAUGAGGAGAGCACAGAGGCCUGGAGACAAUCAAUGCCCACACCACAACCUAGAGACCUGAAGAAACCUAAUCCUGCUUUGACACCGAAACCAAACAUUGCUCACAGAGGCAGUGAAGCCACAUCUAUUAAAACAACACCAGCAACUAUAUCACGAAGCCCACCGGACACCAUGCCAAGCUCAACAGGGUUUCACCGAGCAAAAUACAUGCCUCAGCCUCAAAAGCUUCCCGCCCAAAGCAGAGGGACGUUGCCUUCAGACGGCAGAUCAGCCAGAGAUGCUGAAGAGGAAGCUGGUGUGUAUAAAAAGGUUUGGUAUGCCAGCAAAUGUGACCGCAGGACAGCAGAGGACGCUCUCAUACGCUCAGCUGAGGACGGCUCUUUUCUGCUCAGGAAGAGCUCUGGUGUGGACACACAGCAGCCGUACACACUGGUGGUGUUUUAUAACAGCCGAGUAUACAACAUCCCUGUCCGCUACAUCGUAUCCACUAAACAGUAUGCUUUGGGGAAAGAAAAACAAGGAGAGGAGCGCUUCAGCAGUGUCUCAGACAUCAUUGAGAACCACCAGAAGAAUCCUCUAGUGCUGGUCGACUCUCAAUGCAACACCAAAGACUCCACCAAACUCAGACACGCAGUCAAGCCAUGAGACAUUCAGGACACACAUCACUGCAUUGAGAGAGAAGAGUUUCACAUCUUACCUUGAGAGAUGAUGGAAACAGAUCUACGCGUGCACAGCUGGGACGUGCUGCUACUUUUAUAACUUAUCUUGCUGGCUGACAGGUUGCUUUUGGAAGAAGCAGUAGUAAACGGUCUCAGGAAAACUGAGAGAACAGCAAUGUUGUACAAGAUACGCAAAUAUGGUACGGCUGUACAGUUUAUAAUAUGUCUUUGGGUGUAUGAAUCUUUGUAUUUAAACAUUGCUUUGCAUUGCAUUGUGUUGAGUAAAAUAAAUAAAAAAAAGUCUUCUUUA